AUGGAUAAUGGAGAUAAAAGUUGGAUGAGUCACCUAAGAUGGACAGAAGAGUAUGUUGAUGGAGUGAAUUAUUUUCUUGAUAAGGCAUUUGAACGAGCUUCUCAAGGAAAUGAGAUAUUAUGUCCUUGCAAGAAGUGCAUGAAUCGCUAUUGGCAUUACAGAAAUGUGGUGGAGGAUCACUUGGUUGUUCAUGGUUUUGUUGAUAAUUAUACCAAAUGGGUUUUUCAUGGAGAAGGGGUUUCAUCGAGAAAUACACCGCAUCCAAUAAAUGACGAUGAAGGUUCUAACUUGCGUGAUGACAUUGAUGGACUACUUCAUGAUACAUUUAGAAAUGUAGAGGGUGAGUCAGGGCAUGAAGAAGUAGUGCGACACGGUUUAUCUGCAGAUGCAAAGAAAUUUUUUAAAUUAUUGAAGGAAGGGAAACAAGAGUUAUAUCGGGGUUGUGAAAAUUUUAAUAAAUUGAGUUUCACCAUUCGGUUGUACUUAUUUAAAUCAUUACAUGGUUUGAGUAAUGUAGCAUUCUCAGACUUGUUAGAUUUGAUAAUAGAGGCAUUUCCCUUUGCUCAGAUACUAGAGUCUUUCAAUAAGGCUAGACAAGUGAUUAAAUGUUUGGGUCUUCAUUACGAAAAAAUACAUGCAUGCCCUAACGACUGCAUGUUAUUUUGGAAGGACAAUGAGAAAGCAGAUAACUGCUCUGUCUGUGGAACUUCUAGAUGGAAGAGUGUUGGUGAUGCCUCGACUAAUUCACGCUCUAAAAUUCCUGCGAAGGUUUUAAGGUACUUCCCCUUAAAGCCUAGGCUACAGAGGAUAUUCAUGUGUUCUGAAACAACUGUUGCAAUGAGAUGGCACGCUAAUGAACGACCCAAUGAUGGAAAUUUAAGGCAUCCUGCUGAUGGGGAAGCAUGGAAGGAUUUUGAUCGUUUGUACCCAGACUUCUCUCGAGAUCCUCGUAAUGUUAGAUUGGGUCUUUCAAGUGAUGGUUUCAACCCAUUUAGAACCAUGAGUAUUUCUCAUAGCUCGUGGCCUGUUAUGUUGAUGAACUAUAAUUUAUCACCAUGGAUUUGCAUGAAGUCGGAGUAUAUUAUGUUGUCAAUGAUCAUUCCAGGUCCAUCAUCUCCAGGAAAUGAUAUAGAUGUGUAUCUACAACCACUAAUUGCAGAAUUGAAGGAACUAUGGGAACCUGGGAUAGAAACAUAUGAUGCUGAAACCGACCAAACAUUCUGA